AUGUUCGGCAGAUUUUUGCUCGCGAUCGUCAUCCUUCAGCUGGCACGGGCUGCGUGUCAGGCAGACGGAUCAGGCAGCGAUGGGAGCUGUAAAACGUGUGGCGUCACCAUCGGCCAAGAACAAUACUGCUCCGAGUGCAACGGAGCAAACUACGCCCCCGUGAACGGCCAGUGUGCAGACGUCAACGCUGAGGGGCAAAGCAAAACGCUCUGCCCGGCAAAGGGCCAGGGGAAGUGCACGCAGUGCGGAGGCGCCUCCUUCAUGUACAAGGACGGCUGUUAUUCAAAGGACACUGCACCAGGACAGAGCAUGUGCACGCAAGCCUCUGAGGGAAAGUGCACCGAGGCGGCCCCGGGGUACUUCCUCAACCCGCUGAGGGCGAAUACCAAGGACUCUGUGGUAUCGUGCUCGGACACGACCGGGUUCACCGACAGCGGCAAAACGUACAGGGGGGUGCAGCACUGCGAGAGAUGCGACGGGGCGGCGCUGACAGACGCUGCCGGCGGAGACGCCAAGUGCACCAGGUGCGGCCAGGAUAAGUACCUUGCAACGACUGGUACUUGUGGGGAGGGCUGCACGCCUGACACUGAGUUUUCGAAGGAGGACUCUGACAAUGGCAAGAGAUGCUUUGCAUGCGGAGAUGUAACCACUGGGGUGGCGAGUUGCGAAAAGUGCACGCCGCCAAGUCCCGAUCAAGCCAAGCCUGCUUGCACGAAGUGCGGUGGCAAUAACUAUCUCAAAACGGCCGCUGAUGGCACAACGACAUGUGUAGAGCAAAGCGCAUGCUCACCCGACUCUUUUCCGGUAGAAAAUUCCCAGAGCGGAAACAGGUGUGUUUUAUGCGGUGACGCUGCGAAUGGGGGCGUCGAUAAGUGCGCGGCGUGUACUCCGACAGACCAAGGAAGGAUAGCGCCCACUAUUACGUGCAUCGCUUGCACGAAUGGAUACAAGCCUAGUGCCGACAAAACUACGUGCGAGGCGGUAAGCAACUGCAAGACCCCCGGAUGCAAGGCGUGCAGCAACGAAGGAAAGGAGAACGAGGUCUGCACAGACUGUGAUAGUAGCACAUAUCUCACGCCGACAAGCCAGUGCAUAGACAGCUGCGCUAAGAUUGGAAACUACUAUGGAGCUACCGAAGGAGCAAAGAAAAUCUGUAAAGAGUGCACUGCGGCUAACUGCAAGACUUGCGAUGGGCAAGGGCAGUGCCAAGCAUGCAGCGACGGAUUCUAUAAAAACGGCGACGCAUGCUCUCCGUGCCACGAAAGCUGCAAGACAUGCAGCGCAGGCACUGCCAGCGACUGCACCGAGUGUCCCACUGGAAAAGCACUUAGGUACGGGGACGACGGUACUAAGGGCACGUGCGGAGAAGGCUGCACAACGGGCCAAGGCAGCGGCGCCUGCAAAACGUGUGGGCUCACUAUCGAUGGUGCUAGCUACUGCUCUGAGUGCGCCACAACGACAGAGUAUCCUCAAAAUGGCGUCUGUGCACCAAAGGCUAGCCGCGCCACACCUACGUGCAACGACUCGCCUAUUCAGAAUGGUGUUUGUGGAACGUGUGCCGAUAACUACUUUAAGAUGAACGGAGGGUGCUAUGAAACAGUCAAGUAUCCCGGUAAGACGGUUUGCAUUAGUGCACCAAAUGGUGGUACGUGUCAAAAAGCUGCAGAUGGUUACAAGUUGGAUUCAGGUACCCUUACAGUUUGUUCUGAAGGGUGUAAGGAAUGUACCAGCAGUACCGACUGUACUACGUGUCUGGACGGAUAUGUAAAGAGUGCAAGUGCAUGCACAAAGUGUGAUUCCAGCUGCGAAACAUGUAAUGGAGCAGCUACAACAUGUAAGGCGUGUGCUACAGGAUACUACAAGACCGCAUCAGGAGAAGGUGCGUGCACAUCCUGCGAAAGUGAUAGCAAUGGGGUCACUGGUAUUAAGGGUUGCCUAAACUGCGCUCCUCCAUCGUCUAGUACUGGCUCCGUCCUCUGCUACCUCAUACAGAACACCAACAAGAGCGGUCUCAGCGCGGGCGCUAUCGCGGGGAUCUCCGUGGCUGUCAUCGUCGUUGUGGCUGGUCUCGUAGGGUUCCUCUGCUGGUGGUUCAUCUGCAGGGGGAAGGCGUAG